UCUAUGUCCUAGCCAGUCGCUCUCGAGCCGAGGUCGAAGGAGGAGAUACACAGCGAAGCGCUGGGAAUACUAUAACGACGGACACGUCUUGCCUACACGGACGCUGAAAACUGUCUUUAUCGAACUAAUUUAUUGCAUUUCGAUCGGGUACUGAAAGAUAACGAAACAUUAAGAGAACAGAGAAACGAGCCUUUCAUUGAAAACUGACGAUUUGGGAGUUUUUCUGCUUUUUUUUUUAUUAAAUUUUUUUUUUGGAAGAUAGAAAAUCCAAUCGAGACGAAGAAGAGAGGAAGAGCAUCCGUUCUAAGGACACUCACGAGGCGAAAGGAUGGUUCUGGAAGGACAUACCCGUCACCUGCCCCAAGAGGUAGCUCUACCGAGACUCUUUGAGUCUGCGGUGAUAGCACGCCCCACCUCGCCCGCGCUCAAGGACGCCGGCCAGGAGGCGUGGCUUACCUACGGGGAGCUCAACAGAAACGCUAACGCCUUGGCCAGAUGCAUCCUGCGCCGCUUGAAAGGAACCCCGUGCUCGAAUCCUGACGGGGACAGAGUGAUCAGCGUCUGCAUGCCGCCGACCUUGCAACUAGUCAGCCUGCUGGCCAUCCAUAAGGCAGGAGGAGCCUAUCUCCCUCUGGACGUCACGUUCCCUGAGAGCAGAGUGGCCCACAUCCUGAAGGACUCGAAACCCGCCCUUCUCCUGGCUCAGGGGCGGCCCCAGGCCAUCCAGUCCGUGAAAUCCAGUCCCCAAAUGGAGAACAAUGUGCCAAUCUUGCAUUUGGAAGAUCUGCAAAAUGAGCUCCAACGCGAAAGCUCCCAGGACCUGUCUGAAGAUGAGGUGGGGUACACCGUCACGGGGAACACGAUCAUGACCGUCCUCUACACCUCGGGGUCCACCGGCGUCCCCAAAGGGGUCAGAGUGCCAAACAAGGCUGCCCUGAACCGCCUUGCUUGGCAGUGGGAGAACUUUCCUUAUUAUGAGGGGGAGGUCUGCUGCUUCAAGACCGCCCUGACUUUCGUCGACUCGAUCAGCGAAAUCUUUGGCCCACUGCUGACCGGACACAGGGUCGUUGUCGUCCCAAAGUCCAUGACGGUGGCGGUAGACGAACUCGUAUCGGUCCUGGAGAAGGAGAAAGUUGGGCGUCUGGUAUUGGUGCCCAGUCUCCUGAGGUCUAUCUUGCUUCACUGUUCUCCCUCCGAAGGGCAGACGCCCCUCUCUCAUCUCAGGUUAUGGGUGUGUUCCGGUGAGGUCUUCCCACCUGACCUGCUCCAGGCUUUCUUUGAAACCUUCACCGACGGACAGACAAUCUGCAACUUCUACGGGUCAACGGAGGUCAUGGGCGACGUGACCUACAUCCAGUUCCACGAUAGCCAGGAGGCUGUGGGGAACCUGAUCAACAGCAAGGUGCCCAUCGGUGCCCCAAUCUCCAACUGUCAAAUAUACCUCAUAAACGCCGACGGAGAGCAGGUCCCAGACGGGCAGUUGGGCGAGGUAUUCGCCGCGGGCUUGAACGUGGCCCUAGGGUACGUCGGGGGCGCCCAGCCCGACAAAUUCGUCCGAAAUAAAUAUUCAGACGAUCCUAACUACGCCGUUCUCUACCGGACUGGCGACUAUGGCCGGGUGGUCAACGGAAACGUGGUGUUCGAGGGUCGCACGGACUCGCAAAUCAAGAUCAGAGGUCACCGGGUGGACAUGAGCGAGGUGCAGGCGGCCAUCCAAAAGGUGCCUGAGGUGGACAAAGUCUAUCUCCUCUGCUAUAGGCCGGGAGAAGUUAAUCAGGCUUUGGUAGCCUUCUACACAACGGAAAAUGAUGGGUUAACACCACAGGCACUGAAAGUCCAUGUAUCUGCUCUUCUGCAACCUUAUAUGAUGCCUCAGAUGGUUAAAAUGGACGAUCUGCCCCUUUUGGUAAACGGAAAAGUCGACCGUCAGCAGCUGCUGAAAAUUUAUGAGCGGAAGGCUGAAGGAGACCUGCAGGAUGUCCCAAUCAACCUCGAGGGCGUCCCGUGCGAGAAGAAGGAAGCAGCCAAGGUGCUCCUCCAGACGGUAGGCAAAGUCCUAGGCCCAGCCGUGACGGCGUCCUGUGCGCUUUCCCUAGCCACCAACUUCUUCCAGAUCGGAGGGAACUCCCUCAAUUCCGUGCUGACCGUCACCAGUCUGAAGGAUCUUGGAUACAACGUAGGUAUCGGGCAAUUUCUGAAGGCCGAGUCGUUAGGCGAGGUGCUUUCCCAGAUGAAGAAGAUCAAAGGCGAAGAGGGACAAUCACAGCAGAGCUGCAACAAGGCUGCAAAUGCUGCACAAUAUGUCUGCAAGGCCAUCGAUUACAGCCACGUGCAGCAAAUUCUUAAGCUGAUCAGCGAAAGUUUCUCGAAAAAGGGAGACUUGGAAAUAUGGCUCAAAACGGAGCCUUGGGAAUACAUUCAGUUAUUGAACCCUCUGAUGCCGAUUAUUAUCGAACAAGGACUAAGCUUUGUGGUCGUGAGGCCUGAGUCGAACGAGGUCGUCGCCGUGGCGCUGAACCUCGACUUCCACCAAGAACCUGAGGUCGUCGAUCCCAGCCCCAAGAUGGAGCACAUUUUCAAUUUCCUGGAAUACUGCGAAGCUCCAGCCAGGUCCAAACUACCGGAAGGGGUGGGCACCGUCCUUCACAGCUUCAUGAUGGGGACACUUCUGGAACUCGGUCCGGCUGAAAACGUCGAACUGAUCCAGAUCAUGGAGGAGGAGAACUUGAGACGGGCCACUGAAAAGGGGUACAAGGCGGUCUUCACCACAAAUACCUCAGACUUGACACAACAAGUGUGCGACGACCUGCUCUCUUACGAGGUCCUGGGCACCCAGCAGGUCAAUCUCUGGGUGGCACCCGACGGCACCAGGCCCUUCGCCCCUGCCCCCAACUCCCAGCGAGCUGUGACGACCGUCAAGUACGUCUAGGAGCGAAGCCUUCUGGACGCGGCUAUUAUAAGUCUAACUCAGUGGUUCCCAAAAUUUUUUUAUGGUCAUGGCCUACCUACUCACCUCUUCAAAUCCUGAUGGCCCCCUGUGGUGAUAUGUAAUUCUUCUAUGUUCAUGUGGAGGAAGCCCAAAUAGGGACAUUAACUUAGACAUUCUCGAACUGGCCCCUUAAAAAUCAAAUUACACCCCCUUGGUCGGCCGUAAACUCCAAAGGCCAUGAACUUAGACAUCCUCGAAAUGGCCCCCUUGAAAAUCAAAUUAACACCCCCUUGGUGGAGCGUAAACACCAAAGGACAUUAACUUAAGACAUUCUCGAAUUGGACCCCUUAUACAUCAAAUUAACCUCCCCCUUGGUGGAGCUUAAACACCAAAGGACAUUAACUUGAGACAUUCUCGAAUUAGCCCCCUCAAGAAUCAAAUUAAUUCCCCCCUGGUGGGGCGUAAACCCUCAAAGGACAUUAACUUAGACAUUCUCGAACUGGCCCCCCUUGAAAAUCAAAUUAGCUUCCCCCCCUGAUGGGGCGUAAAUCCCUAAAUUGGGAACCACUGGCCUACGUAGACCCUAAUAAUUCUGGACGCGUCCGAAUACUGAAGCCUUAAACAACAUCGAGAUCGAAGAGACUACAGAGGCCUUAGAGAGUUCAGCGAGAUGCAGUUGUUACAAAGGAUAAAGCAGUUCAUGCCAGAACUCUAAUCUAAUUAAAUCAACGGUAGGAAUUGACUACAGACAAUAAUAGAGACGGGAAAAAGGAAAAUAUAGCAGUAUAGUCUAGUGAAGAAGCAGAACUCCAGGUUAUCAAAUGUCCGUCUCGAAGUUGAAACCAAGAACGUCUGCUCAAAACUUUUAAGCGCGACUGGAGACCAUCCUGACGGGAUGCAGAGAAAAAAGCAAAAAGAUAAAUUAGUCAUCCAUAUAGAGUUCACAUGAGUGACCUCGUUAGAUAAUUGAGACAAAACUCAGACUAGAGGCUGGAUAAUCUUCGACAACCGAAGAAGACUGAAUGGAUGGGAGAUCCUCCGCUUUGCUUUGCUCUCACAAAUCGCAAAAAAAAAGGACAACGAAAGAGUGAAAGUGAAGAGAAAGGUCGACGAGAAUUUGUUUAGAAAGUGGAGGUAAUGAUGAUGAAAGCCAUAAUCGUCGAACGCUUUCCUUCGGAGGACAAUGAAGCGUGAACAUAACAAAAAGUAAUAAAAACAGCAAUAUACUCCCAGCACGAAAGCUGGAUACCUGACAAUCAGGAAACGAAUUGUCCCAAAGAAAUACAGGGAAAUACAGCUACUGUAUUAAUGCAUACAUAGAUUGCAUCUAUUUUCUUUACUUGCGAAUACAUAUGAAUAUUUUUGUACGAGGUUAUAGAACAUAUCUACGUGUCUAGCCAUUUUUUUUUAGACUUAUAUUGUUGUACUAUUGUAGAUUCACAUCAGCGGUGCAUCUGAUGAGGCCAGUCCCUUACGACGCUCCUGAUUGGUUGUUGAUAAACCAAUGACAAGGACAUUCUCAAGUCUCUCUCUCGAGGGUUCACAUAGAUAGGAUGUAUGUUCCACCUCUCCUGAGGGAUACUUUUGAACGUAUCCUUCAGGAGAGUUGGAACAUACAUCCUGCCCAUGUGAACUCUCUCCAGAGCCUGAGAGUUUCCAGCCUUGUGAUUGGCUUACCAACAGCCAAUCAGGAGCGUCGUAAGGCACUGGCCGAGACAUUAGCUUCACGGUUGGUGCGAAUCUACUAUAGUAUGUUAAUACUUUAUAAAUCACUAAUUACAAUCACCGCACAUGUGAAUAUAUAUAAGACUUUGUCUCAAGUACCAAGUAGGUUAGUUACAGUUAUUUAUAGGAGUAAUAUAUAUCUAUCGAUACUUAUUUAUUUGUCACGUAAAUAUUCAUAAGGAAAGAUUGGCUUCACCUGCUAAGAAACAGCCAUAAUUUUUUUUAAAGCUCGUGAUAAAGACAAUUUCAAUAUUCUUUGUUUAGUUCAUUAUUACUUGUAAGGAGGUAUUUCAGGUCAUAUGUUGUACUGAUUACAGAGAACCACAAUAUACAUACAUACAUACAUAUAUAAUAUAUAUAAUAUAUAUAUAUAUAUAUAUAUACUAUAUAUAUAAUAAUAAUAAUACAAUAACUAGGUCUGUAUCACAGCAAACAUAUACCUGAGAAAAGCUUUAAAAGUAGACAAAACAGAGUAGGCAGUUUUCAGUAUGCCAAAAUGUUAUAGAUUAAAAGCCAAAAUGUGUGCUUGUGUGUGUGUGUGUCUGAGAGAGAGAGAGAGAGAGAGAGAUGAGAGAGAGAGAGAGAGAGAGAGAGAGAGAGAGAGUGCCCAAAUUAAUCGAAUAACUUUUUAGUUGAUUGAAUCACGAACCUAAUAGACAAGAAAAACCACAACAGAUAACAACGAAGAAGAAAAAAAUGAAGUAGAAGAAGAAGAAGAAGGACCUUUCUCCUUCACAAGUAGACACGAUUUGGUUUCCAGAAAUUUAUGCUGUCAGUGAGAAAGAGUGAGUUGGAGCGGUUGGACAGCAAGACGAGGAGAUUUAAGAGAAUGAAGGAGAUGAAGGAAUUCCUUAAACAAAGUGCGGUAAUUGGCGAAGACCCUACAUUAGUAACCUGUGCUUUAUACUUAUUCAAUUUAAGCGAUUUCUAUAUAUAUAUA